AUUUUUCUUCUGCGAACAAACAAACGCACAUACCACCCAACCUCUCUCUCUCUCCUCCGCCCGCGGUUUCUUGCCCCUCUUGAUUACUUCAACUACACACACGUAACUCCGUUCAUCCAACCCCUCGUUGUUCGUGUUGCGCGAUUGAUAGCUAUCGAUUGCAAUUGAACGUACCGGCUUUCUGACCUCUAUCGAAAAGGUCAGCGGAUAUCUUUGGCGAGCCGAGCCUUUUGCGCUUUAUAGAGGGAAUUCUUUCGUCGCGACAGCAAGCUCGCGCGCAUUGGACCUCUCUCUCUUCGCAACCCACAAAGCCGAAAUAAACAAGAAAGCCGCCCAACAUGUCCGGCUGGGUCGAUUGGUCAAAGACCACGCAGUCCCGCAACUACCGCGGCUCAACCUCCUUUGCGACGUUCAUGAUCAUCGGGCCAACCUGCUUCUUCCUAGGCAUCCUCUUCGCCUCCUUCCCCUACGACUUCCCCCUCCUCUGGACCUCGGCCCCCGUCCCAGAAACCUUCUUCACCCACCUCGAAACCCACCUCAAGUUCAUGCACCAAUCGCCCCCCCUAAUCGGCCGCCUCCUCAACAUCAUCGUCUUCACCGGCUUCCUCGGCUUCUUCAUCAAGCUCUUCCGCCCCUCGGAAGCGAACGUCCUCUUCGACGGCGCCUCCCUCGUCCUCUACCUCAUCGGCGUCGGCGUCUACAUUACAAACAUCGUCAAGGGCCUCCGCUCCGUCAGCGCGGGCAUCUGGGACGAUCCCAACUUCACCGGAGAGGUCAAGGACGGCCCCGUCACGGGGGAGAUUAUCCUGGGCAAGGAGGAUAGUUUGAAGGUGCUGGCGGCGAGUAACACCAUUUUGGCGCUCGUGUUGGUCGGUGUGCUGGUGCUGCAGGCUGGGCAGUGGUAUGCUGAGCGCAAGGACCGCGAGGACUUUGCGAAGCUGGAGAAGGAGGAGAAGGGGGCCAAGGGAUCUGCGAGUAAGAAGAAGCAGUGAAUACUGGGCGGGUGAGGUCUCUUCUGAGUGUUUGCGCAGGCGGGGUGUUCCGCAGAGAUGGGCAGUGUUGAGGGGCCGCGGCAUAUCGUGAUAUUGGCAUGCCCUCUUCGACUUUAAAUGCGUUGAUGGUAUUUGAGGUGACAUUUGUCGACCGCAUCGGUUCAAAAUAUGGAUCACUGUAUGAGGCGCACCAUCAGUGGACAGGCACAUCGUGCCUCAUUCAAAAUAUAUCAUGUAUCAACGCCAUUCUUUUUGAAUUUUGAUAUUCGGGCUCUAUUUAAACCCUG